AUGCGGCGUGGUGUGAUGGAAGCGGCCAGUACUUCCCUCAGAGAUGACUGCCCUCCCUGGGAAGAUGUGUCUCUGUCUGCCCCUCACAGAGACGAUGGUCUACUGGUCACCCAUGUCAACCAAACACAGGACUUACUGAGGUCACAGGGUCAGGCUGCGGAGUGGAAGAGCUCCUCUGAUUGGCUCCUGACCCACAGUCUCUACAGCUCCGGCCUCUCCCUAUCAACACUCCUCUCACACGGGACCACCAAGAUCAGGCAACCUCUCUGUAUUGGUGGCAGUGCUGAGGAGGACGGAGGCCUCAGCAGACAGCUGGAGAUCACUGCUGCAGCACUCAUUCACUUUGACUUCCAGCUGUACCAGGCCAUUGAGCUGUACCAUGGCAGAAUAAGAUGGCUGAACCAAGGAAGUAUGAAGGUGUUUGGGCUGGUGAAGGGGUCCAGAGUAGGGGUCAUAGUUGACACCUCAGAUGUUAACUGCACCAAGGACAGACUGCCAGAUCUACAGAGGAACCUCCUGUCUCUGAUAGAAGAGCAGCUCAGCUGUAAGCGUCAGCUGUACCUGAUGUCCUGUGGUACUGAGACCAGCAGCCUUUGGGACGGCCCCAGAGACGUCAACACCUUCAGACUGCAGGAGGCUUGUGGCUGGGUGGAUGAGCUGGGAGCCAGGGGGGGAUGUAACCUCCUACAGGCCCUGAAGAGAGGCCUUGGCCUGGACUGCACUCAGCUUGACUCCCUGGUCAUCGUCCUGGGCUCCAGCCCUGACCAGACCGCAGAUGCCCUCUUUGAUUACGUAGGACAAAGCAUUUUGGGAAGGACGUUGUUGAUCCAUGUGGUGUCCUACUGUAGCAUUAGCCCUCUGACCAUUGCAACUGUAAAGAGACUAGCUGAAGUUACACAGGGACGCCACCACAUCUUCUCAGCUUCCCUGGGUGUAGUAGACAGCAGUACAGAUUUGGAGCUGCUGUGGACAGAGAUCAAGGCAGCCAGAGAGCUACUGGGACACACUGAGGCCCUGCGUCAGGGACGGCUGGGGGACAUGACUGUCACUGUGGUGGGACAGCAGAUUUCCCCAGAGUUGGACAGCUUUUCACUCUCUCCUUCGCUCCCCAGACCACCCAAUCACAAUGUCCCCCUGAGCAUCAAGCCCCCAGGUGUCCCGCCCAGCUCCUCGGCUGAUUGGCUGAGGAACCAUGGACUGAAAGCUAAGAGACUGGGGCUGUACCAGGUCCUGUCUCCCAAUGCCUAUUCUCUACUGGAGGGGUUUGUUCCUAUCCUGAACAAGACUGUCAGCUCAACAGUCCAUGAGAAGGCCAUGGUGCAGUGUGAGUGGCAUGAUGGAACGGUGAAGAACGUUCAUGUGGACUUGCCCUUAAUCUACCACUACCAGAAACAGCUGAUGUCUGCCGUGGCUGUGUUGGAGAGGAGGGUGCAGUGGCUGAGCAGUGGGAGCAGGCAGAUCUGGGGGACAGUGUGUGAACAGAGGGUGGUGAUUGUGGUAGACAUGUCUAUGAUGAUCCCUGGCUCCUCUCUCCACAUCCAGCACUCCCUCAGGGUGCUACUGGAGGAGCAGCUGGCCAACAAACACAGCUUCAACAUCAUCGCGUUCGGCUCAGCUGUCAGAGCUUGGAGAGAGAGGUUGGUCCUCACCUCACCAGAGAACCUGCAGGAAGCCUGGCAGUGGGUCCAGGGUUUACAGUGUUCAGGGAGCAGGAACACCAUGGCUGCUCUGAGGCUGCCUCUGGAGGGGGACCUCAAUAGUGGGGUACCCUCCCUCUCUCCCGCUCCUCUUCUCCCUCCGUCCCCCCCUCUCACCCAGGGCCUCUACCUCUUCACAAGCGGAUUGCCUGACCAGGAAAUUGCAACGGUGUCUUCAUAUGUGUCAGAGUGCUGCAGUGGCCGGCCUCUACGUCUCCACAUCUGUCUGUUGACUGGAGAGGAGACAGAGGGACAGACAGAGGCACAGACGGGGGGUUGCCCUCCACCUCGCCAUGCCACCAGGGAGGAGACUGCGGGGGCACUGAGGGAACUGGCACAAGCUGGCAAUGGACGCUUCCACUGGAUCAGUGAGACAGGCAUCCUGGAGAGCGAUGACAUAACUGCUCUGAUUGGAGAGAUGGAGAGGGCUGCUAAUUAUUGGCAGAAGAGCGCCAUGCUGGUGGACUCCUUGACCCAGAAGUCUGACUGUAGGUGCCCAGGGGAGGAUCUCUCUCCUGGGGACAAAGCUCCGGCCCAGUCCCCCCUGGCCUGGAGAUGCAGAGACAGACCACUGCCCCCACCGCGACCCACAGCACUCACCCUCGCCAGGCUGCAAAUGAAGGAAGGCCGAACAAACGAGCAUUCCUCCUCUCAGAAGGCUCUCGCAUGGCGUCCCAGCAGUGCCACAUCUACUAUCCCACCGGUACAGCCCAUGACUGGUUGGGGUCCAGUAGAUACUAAAGCCAGGCAGAGGAAGCCUCUCUCAGGUCACCCAGUCUGUGUUCUACCUGGAAGAUGGUUUUGGUCUUACCCCAAACCUAAAAGUGUCCGAAAGUCCAUCCCCUUAGUGACUCUGCCAAAGCAGGAAGAGAUCUGCUCGACCAAACAUUGGCUGAAGAGGUUCAGUAUUAAGAGGCAGAAGCUUGACAUCUAUAAGCUGGUGUCUGGACCUGACUGUACACAUCAUAAGAAGCUGGUCCCUUCGGUCCUCAAGAGAGUGUCUGCCAAAUACUGCUCCAUCUUCCCCAGUGUCCACAUCAAUGGGAUGGUGAAGCACCUGCAGCUGACUCCGGGAGAGUUAAAACAGUACCUUACUCAGACUGAGAGACUCCUGCUGCGCUACAUGCAGAGGCUGCAAUGGCUGCUCUCCGGUAGCAGGCGUGUGUUUGGGGCGGUGCUGGAGAGGGAGGUGUGUGUGCUGCUGGAUGUGUCCGGCUCCAUGGCUCCCUGCCUGGGGGAGCUGAAGACCAAGCUGGCCUCUCUCAUCUGGGAACAGCUGCAUCACAACACAGUCAGGUUCUCUCUGCUGGCGUUCUCCGAGGGGGUGAAGGCGUGGCGUCCGGCACUGCAGGAGCCUACAGAGGAGGCAUGCCGCGACGCGGUGCAGUGGGCAUAUCAGCUCAACACCCAUGGGGGAACCAACACUCUGGAGGCCCUGCAGACUGGCUGUGGGUUUGGGGACAGUGUGGGCCUGUACCUGCUGAGUGAUGGGAAGCCAGAUUCCAGCUGCAGCCUGGUGCUGAAAGAGACGGAGAGACUGACCACAGGGAACCACAUUACUAUCCACACUGUCUCAUUCAACUGCACAGACAGCUCAGCCAAUGACUUUCUGAAGAAACUGGCUCACCAAACUGGGGGUCGGUACCACCGUUGUCAUGACAAUGUGGAUGCGCUCAGUGGGCUGUUGGAAUCGGGCCUUAGUGAUGGGGACGAACCUACCCUGCCGGCCCUCGAGGGAGAUGACUUGAGGAGACUGGCUCAGGAAAUUGACAAACUGAGACAUUUCCGGAAGCAGGCACAGGUCUUCAGGGAAAUCAUUUUGGAAAAGAAUCCAGAGGAAACAUGGCUGAAGAGGUUCAGUAUUAAGAGGCAGAAGCUUGACAUCUAUAAGCUGGUGUCUGGACCUGACUGUACACAUCAUAAGAAGCUGGUCCCUUCGGUCCUCAAGAGAGUGUCUGCCAAAUACUGCUCCAUCUUCCCCAGUGUCCACAUCAAUGGGAUGGUGAAGCACCUGCAGCUGACUCCGGGAGAGUUAAAACAGUACCUUACUCAGACUGAGAGACUCCUGCUGCGCUACAUGCAGAGGCUGCAAUGGCUGCUCUCCGGUAUGCCUCUCUCUCGCUCUAUGUCUCUGUCACUGUCUCUGUAUCUUGCGUGUGUUUGGGGCGGUGCUGGAGAGGGAGGUGUGUGUGCUGCUGGAUGUGUCCGGCUCCAUGGCUCCCUGCCUGGGGAGCUGAAGACCAAGCUGGCCUCUCUCAUCUGGGAACAGCUGCAUCACAACACAGUCAGGUUCUCUCUGCUGGCGUUCUCCGAGGGGGUGAAGGCGUGGCGUCCGGCACUGCAGGAGCCUACAGAGGAGGCAUGCCGCGACGCGGUGCAGUGGGCAUAUCAGCUCAACACCCAUGGGGGAACCAACACUCUGGAGGCCCUGCAGACUGGCUGUGGGUUUGGGGACAGUGUGGGCCUGUACCUGCUGAGUGAUGGGAAGCCAGAUUCCAGCUGCAGCCUGGUGCUGAAAGAGACGGAGAGACUGACCACAGGGAACCACAUUACUAUCCACACUGUCUCAUUCAACUGCACAGACAGCUCAGCCAAUGACUUUCUGAAGAAACUGGCUCACCAAACUGGGGGUCGGUACCACCGUUGUCAUGACAAUGUGGAUGCGCUCAGUGGGCUGUUGGAAUCGGGCCUUAGUGAUGGGGACGAACCUACCCUGCCGGCCCUCGAGGGAGAUGACUUGAGGAGACUGGCUCAGGAAAUUGACAAACUGAGAUAUUUCCGGAAGCAGGCACAGGUCUUCAGGUUUGUCUUACAGUGA